AUGCUUUGCACAACAUGGCUCUGCGUACGAUCACAUUCGGGGCGCUGGAGCUCCGUGUUCCAUGAGUCGAUGCGGGAAAUGCGACUGCGCGAAUCGUCGUUAAGUCCGAAUUGUCCAAUCAUCAACGGAAACGUUCUGCUUCUAAACGGUGCAACGAUUAAUGCGACGUGCAAUCGUUGUGUUAAUGUCCGAAUCCAGUUUAUCGUACCAGAUCGUAUGGCAGCUCUUACAGAGUACUCGAGCACUUUCACACGGUUAAAGUCCGUCAAGUACGGUAAUGGAGCCCUUUUGGAGAUCUUCCAAACAUACCAUAUCCUCCAGAAUAUCCGUCUCCGUUGCGACCCCGUAGCCGGGAAAUCGGAAAAACUCGACUAUAAGGCGGGCAAAGCGCCACAAAGCGUAUAG